CCACAACGAAUGUCAAGUCCGAUAAUGUACGUCCUGUUACCUACUACGCUCAUUGCUUCUAGUGUUGGACGUUAGGCGAUCACUCAGACUUCAUCAAUUUAGCGAAUAAUGCCAGCGAUUCCGCUUCACUCGACUCCAGUAUGUCAACAACAGGCUACGUCCCUCCGCCUGACCAAACCGCUACUCAACAUGAAGGAACAUUCUCCUUGGCCAUCAAGAAUACAUUCCCUCGUCGCUUAAUGACACUCAUCGCCCUGAAAACAUCCGCGCGCUUCUACAAUUACGAUGGACCUUGUAUACCCAUAUCGAAAUCCCUCAUCGUCAAGAAGGGGCCAUUUGUUCAUCUCACUGAAGCAGCUACCAUGCAAUUCGUAGCAGCCAACACUUCUAUUCCUGUCCCGACUGUUCACUGUUCGUUCGUACAUAAGGACCGAGCAUACAUAGUUAUGCAGCGCAUUCGUGGAACUUCUCUCGCAGAGGCCUGGAAAGCUCUGUCUGAUGCCGAUCUAUCAAAUAUCUUCGCUCAGCUUCGGCACAUGUUUCAGGAACUACGGGCUCUUGUGCCACCAACUGGCGCUGGGGUCGAGAGCUGCAUCGGCGGCUCAUUACGCGACUCCCGUAUACCGCGUUCAAGACCCCGAUUUGGGCCUUUCAAGACAAUCCAGGAUUUCCAUCGAUGGCUACGGGAAGAUCUCGAGCCCGACAACCAUCCAGAUCGCGUCGAGGAUCAGGAUUGGAAAGAGAUAAAAGAAAUGGUUACCAAACAGGACGGUCCCUGGCCCCCAACGGUGUUCACUCAUGGAGACCUUAACCCUUUCAACAUCUUGGUGCGGGGUGAUCAAGUCGUUGGUAUCAUUGAUUGGGAGUUUGCCGGGUGGUAUCCAUAUUACUGGGAGUAUACUUCUGCAUGGUAUGGAAAUCGCAUUCGGCAAGGCUGGCAAGAGUUACUUACGAAGUUCUUGGACAAAUAUCCUGCAGAGCUGGAGAUGGAGAAAACAAGGCAAAGAUGGUGGGGUGAUUUUUAAGGCACAGGG